AUGAAAAAACUGAUUGGUGAAGAUGCCAUGAAUGACGCAGAAUUUUGGGGACAUGCAACUUGGGAAGAAGAGAACCAAGAUGAAGAUUGUUAUCUUAUCUUAGGAAGAAAGAAUCCAAAACAAAAGAAGAAAGGUUUACAACGAUCCAUUGAAAAAAAACCCCAAGGUAAAAGCCUCAACUCGAGCACGACCUUGCCCUCCUGCACCUGCUUGUCCAGAAAUGAUAUCGUAUACUACACCGUCUACAAAAAAAAUAAAACAAAAAAAAAAGCCUUAAACCCGUUUGAAAAGCUGGGAUUGAAUAGCAAUUUAGUAAAAUCUGCAUUGAAAUUUGGCUACAAAUUACCAACUCCAGUUCAGCGAAAAUGUAUUCCAAUUAUUUUGGAAGGAAAAGAUUUAGUUGCAAUGGCACGAACUGGCAGUGGAAAAUCUGCAGCAUUUCUUCUUCCAAUUCUCCACAAUCUAAAUGGCCACUGUAAAACUGUAGGUAUAAGAAGCAUUAUAUUUGAGCCUACCAGGGAAUUAGCAUUUCAAAUCGAAAAAUUUGCCAAACAAUUAUGCCGUUUCACGGAUAUAAAAAUAUGUACAAUAGUUGGCGGUGCAAGUAUGACAAAUCAGUUUGAAAAUUUAUCGUUAAAUCCUGAUGUGAUUAUAGCUUGUCCUGGUCGAUUCAUGCAACACAUUGUUGAAAUUGAUCUUAAUUUGACUCGAGUUGAAUCAGUUGUGCUAGAUGAAGCUGAUCAAUUAUUCGAACUAGGAAUGGGAGAGCAAAUUGAGUUUAUAUUCUCUAAGAUACCAAACAAUAAACAAAUUAUCUGCAUGUCUGCAACACUACCGGACGCGUUAAUAGAAUUCACACGACUUGGACUCAAAUAUCCAAGUUUUGUGAGCAUGGAUUCAGAAAACGCUUUAUCACCAGAUCUGAAUAUGUGGUUUCUCUAUGUUCGAGCAACUGAGAAAGUUGCAGCUUUAACGUAUAUUUUACGAAAAUUAGUACUUAACGACUCUCUUACAAAAUCUAUGCAACUUCCACCGGGUGUUAUCAUAUUUGUAGCAUCUAGAUAUCAUGUAGAAUUUUUUAAUGACUUAUUGAAGAAAAUCGGAAUAAUUGCGUCUACAGUAUAUGGUUCGAUGGACGCGGAAGCCCGAUUAGAAAAUUUAACAAAAUUUAGAAAACAAAUUAAUCAAGUUUUAAUAGUUACUGAUAUAGCUGCUCGUGGGUUAGAUAUUCCUGAAGUUGGAGUUGUUAUUAAUUUUGACUUCCCAACUUCAACGAAAUUCUUUACACACCGAGUUGGAAGAACAGCACGUGCUGGAAGAAAGGGACUAGCGAUUUCGUUUACAACUCGAGAAGACUUACCUCAUUUAAUGGAGCUUUCUGUGUUCAAUGGCUUCAAAUUGGAAAAUAUGAACAAUUCAGAAGAUUAUGAUGAACCAGCUCAGUCGCUCAUUUUUCAAGACCUACAAAAAAGGUUGCUUACUAAUGUAACAUCAAAAACUGAUAAGAAUCAUUUUAAAGUGAUUCAAAGCAAACCAAUUAAAAAUGGCUCAAAUUUAUUCAAAGAAAGUAAUCAACCGAGUUCAGCUUAUAAAGAUAUUGAUCCUAAAUCAAGUCAAAACUCACUGGUAUUAGCACAAGAAAAUACUGCCAACGUAUUUGAUUGGAAUGAGAAAAAAAUUCAACAAACUUCAAAGACAACUUCACCAAAUAAUUUACUGGAUGCAAAGUUGAACCUAAAUCCCGAUGAUUAUUUGUGUAGCCUAAAACCUAAAUUAGUUAAUAAGUAA